UUGAUAGAUUUUAGGCACGCUUUGAAUGGUUUGGUCAAUGUCGUAGGAAGGAGGCCCGUUGUUAUGGGCCUGUACUGGGCUUUCCAGAAAUGGGAAACCCCGAUAUAGCAAUGCCAAUAUAUUUAUCUAGAGGCUUUUUAGACUUUGGUGGUAAUAGGUUAGACAUGAGCACAAGACACGACACCACCAAAUGGACAAGAAUUUGUGGACACUUGACCAUCGCAUCCAUAUCUAAGUUAAGGUCUUUAUUUGUCACAGUAAAAUUAUUUCUUCGCAUAUCCCAUCCUUGAAGGUUGGGGUUAGAGCACAGGGUCAGCCAUGAUGCAGCACCCCUGGAGCAGGGUGGGAUGGGGGCCUUGUUUAAGGGCCCAGCGGUGGCAGCUUGGCAGUGCUGGGGCUUAAACCUCAAUCUUCCGCUCAACGACCCAGAGCCAUAAUCACUUGAGCUACCACCGCCCACCAUCUUCUUGCUGAACAUCCCAUUCCAGAUUUAUUUACUUCUUUGAAAGAUUUUCACUAGAUGUUGGAGCGUGUCUGUGGGGAUUAGUGAUCAUUCAGCUACAAGAGCAUUAGUGAGAUCAGACACUGAUGAGGAGGUCUGGGGUUCAGUCGGUGUUUUAGUUCAUCCCAAAGGUGUUCAGUGGGGUUGAAUCAGAGUCAGGGCUCAGUGCAGGACACUCCAGUUCUUCCACUUCAACAUUAACACACCAUGUCUUCAUAGAGCUCUGUGCUUUGUGUACAGGGGCAUCGUCAUCCUGGAACAGGGUUAGAGUCUCUUAGUUCCAGUGAUGGGACAAUGUUAAAGCUACAACAUACAAAGUCAUUCUGUAAACAUACAACAAACAUAUACAGCCAUAAAUGUGUGAACCCCUGACCAUAAAACCCAUAUGUGGGCCUUCCCUAAACUUGUUUGGAGUAGAAGAUCUUGAGUGUCCUGCACAGAUCCCUGACUCUGACUAAACCCCACUCAACACCUUUGGGAUGAACUGGAAUUGACUAUAUAGUACAUACAGGUGUUAUAACUUUUUGCAUUAGAUAUCAUAUGUUUUGUACCAAAUGGCUGCUCUCUUUUUUAAUUGCAAGCAUAUAAGAAACUGAUAAUUUAAAUAAUUUUUAUGAAACAUAUAAUUUAUUUUAAAUUUUUUUAUUAUUUAAUUAUUUAAUUAAUUAAUUUCUUACAGAUACAUUCACUGGCCACUUACAACCAGCUUACAUAUAUGGCUAAGCAAAGCCACAAAACAAAACAAAACAAAAACAAGCCAAUAAACAAUCAAAAAUACAUUUUAUUAAUGAACACUAAUAAUGCUCUACCAAUUCUAAUAAGCCUCUAAUAUUCAAUUUAUUCUAAUUAGAUAUAUUUUAAUUCAAAUUGUAAACUAAUAUAGAUACGUGAUUAUUGAUGCCAAGAAUAAUUCUGGUACAAAUAUAUAAUGACUUAAGCACAUAAUUGAGGAUGAAAAUGCAUGUUCCAUGUGUCCAAAUGUCAUUCAGUAGCCUUUCGGUUGCUCUUGACAAAGGGGUGAGCCAGGCAUCUUGAGCAUAUGGUAUAAACUUUUCCUUUAUCCUGAAGAUUUCUAAAAUAUAUCAUGUAAAGGGGAUUUUGUGUGAUUAAUGGCAAGAAAGCUAAAAGAAAGUAAAAAAUCCAAAUCUGUCCCAAAAUAAACAAUACAUUACAAACCUUAUAGGUUUAACUGUAACAUUCAUAUAGCUGGAGGAGACAUGCACAUGGGUGAGUUUUGCAGUUUAACAAGGGAACUAGACUAAACAACCCAGCACCCCACACACGUAAACAAACUCCGACAUCUAACACCCGCUCUACAAUAACACUGUCUUCUUUAUAACACCUGAAGUCUCUCACAGGAAGUAGACAACUUUGAGAACUCAGAGCCUGGGGGUGGAACAACUACCGCUGUUGCUACAACUAAAGAGAGUCCGUAGCAUCCUAUCCAACAGCAAGUGCACGAUUGUGUGUGUGUGUGUGUGUGUGUAAGUGUGUGUGUCUCAACAAAGACAGGAGGGCAGCUGUCGUGCAGACUCACGCCGGAUUAAGAAGUGCAGUGCUUUGCUCUGGGACAAUCUGAAGUCUUUAACACGAUUAAAAGCAAGUUAGACACCGUGUAAUAUGGCAGACACGUUACGGAGGCUGGUGAACACUUCAUCCUACAGCGUCCUGCAGCAAAAACUAGAAACCUGGUACAAAGACUAUCAUGUGAUCUCAUGUGACCAGAACCUGAACCGGUGCUGUGAGCUAGUGGAGCUCACCUCUAAUAUCCAGGGGCAGCUGUUCACUAUACUCAACCUAACUGCACAAGAAGGAGGUCACUAUGCAGGAGUGGACACACUUAAAUCUCGCUUGCUGCCCUGGCUUGGCACAUGCUUCACCAUGGCAAGCGGCUCGUUCUCAUCAGGCACCAGUCUCAAUCUUAUUCAGGACAAUGUAGAGAAGGAGAGAAGGAUCCAUGAGCUGUCGUUAUCCCAUGAGAGUGACAUGCAGAAGAUUGAGGACCAGCUCUGCUCCACACGCAUAGAGCUGGACUCGGUCAAACAGCAGUCAGCGACCACUCUUCUUGCCACAGAAGAUGAGAUUCUGCACCUGAAAGCAGAGUUGCGGACGGCCUAUGAUCAGGUGGACCUCUAUAAGAAGAAGCUGGACAUGCUGGAGGACUAUGAGAGGCAGGUCAGAUUACUGAGAGAAGAGGUCUCGUUUCUCACUGCUGAGAAAUCCAUGCUAAAGGAAAGACUGGUGAGGAGUCGCUCUCCCAGUCCCCUUCCUCGACGCAGUCCUGUGAGGAGUGAAUCUCCAACACGUGCCCAGCUCACCAGCUCAUCUCGCCAUGCUCGGCUUGUGUCUCGCUUCUCUGACCUGUAUGCCAUUGAACGGCUGGAGGCCCAGAGUCUCCUCCGCCGCUACAUCGACGACUUGGAGACAGUGCAGAGGAUCAUCUUCAUUGCUGCUGUGGAAUCGUUUCAGGCAGCUAAAUUGGCGUAUCGUCAGUUUAAGCUGCGUGUGAGGAAAACCCUAUCUCCCACACAUGUGGGUCCUGAGAGUUUGGAAGACGCAGUAGUGGACUACAUCGUCAGAAACCUUGACCUUUAUGAUGUGCAGACAAGCGUUAGUGAUGUGAUCAACUCAAUGAAUGUGAACCCACGUAUAUCUUUCCCUCCAGAAGUGGACUUCAUGCUCAUCAGCAGUUUCAUCAGAGAUAUGUGCAGAAUCGCUUUCGACAUGCAGACUCUGGAUCCUCCUCUAGACCUGGCCUUUAGCUCAGAUGGAGAACUGUACAGUGACAUCAAGUACAGACGCAGUUAUGAUUCAGAAUUCACUGCACCGCUGGUGGCGUAUCACGUGUGGCCUGCUCUGAUGGAGGGAGAAGCCAUCAUAGUGAAAGGAGAGGCUGUGACCAGGAGAGGGGCAUUGUGGAGGAGCCGAAGCCGCAGCAGCAGUCCGGUUCGCUCUCGCUCAGGAAGCCCCAGCCGGACACUUAUGUCCAGUCGUAGUCGCAGCCCGUCUCCUGGACGUCUUUCGGCCAGUCGGCUGUAAACGUCACGUAUGAAGCCUCAACUCAUUUCAGAUAAACAGCGUUAACAUGAAGGAUAUUUUCCUUUUUAUCUGUUUUCUCUCUUUAUACAAAAUCAGUGUCAGGGGCAUCAGAUGGACACCAGGAACAUGCUUGAAUGCUACAUGCUGAUAAUUUGUGCUACUCUAGCCUUAAAGUAACACUUUUAUGAGUGGAAAAGGUCUCUUCAGUCUUAGGUCUAAGGUGCUUUAUCUCUUUAUCAAAGACCAGAAACUUUUUAAUGGUGCUAUGGGUCCAGUCUUUCCAAUACAGUAUGUGUGAUCUGGGGUGUGGUUACUGUUCAAGUGUUCAUUAUUUAGACUGUAUGUGGAAUGAGUUUCUGUAGAGUAGCCUCUCUCUCUCUCUCUCUCUCUCUCUCUCUCACACACUCUUAUUCUGAUUCUGUGUGUUUUUUAUGAUACAUUUUUAUUCUAAAAUUGAUUAAAAAGCAUUAUAUUUGAUUAUUUUCCCAAUUUUUGUGCCAGAUUUCUCCCAAUCAAAAAGCUGAAUCAUUUAAAAUACAUUUACAAAAUGUUGGCAUUUUUAAAAACCAGACCAAUAGCACUUACUUAAUAAUAAUAAUAAUAAUAAUAAUAAUAAUCGAUCAUCUUUGCAAGAUUGUUGAAACUUCUAGUUAAAUUUAAUAAGCUACUAUUUUAAUUUUUAUUUACUCUGCAUGAUUUUGUUUUAUUUUAAUUAUUAUUAUUAUUAUUUUUUAACAAGUGUGCAUGCUUUGUGACUUUACACUUGUGUUAGACCUCCAUGUUGACAUCAUCACUUCACUGGUGCUAAAGUGCUGAAGUUUACUCCUCCAGACCACGUCACCGUCGCGCUGACCGCUGACCCACACGGAUUGUGGUGUUUAAAUGUUUACUCUUGUCAUCAUCAGGGUGCUCACUGAGGUGCUUAACAUAUGUUCCUUAUAGUUUAAUCACUGUGUUGCGUUGUUUUCUCUGUUAUUAAAUAAUGUUAAGACAUUUUAAA